UCCUGCAGAUGUUGGAGGUGUGCAAUAGGGUGAGAGAACUCCUGGAUGUCCUGAUUGUGCACUACUACAACCUACUGGAUCCGGGCGAAGAGCAUAAAUACAGGUGUCCUUCCAACAUUUCAGGCAUUUCUGAAAAAACUGCAACAUGAGAAACCAAUGGUGCACUUGUUGCAUGUUGAAAUGUUGGCACUGGUAAGAGAGCUGCUAAGCAAAUUCAUGAAGCCAGGAGCUAUCCCCCUGAGUGUCAAAGAGAUCCUCAAGAUCAAUGUACGGGAUGCAGCGUUACAGCUGCCUAACAAAUCCCUGUGUGUUGGAAAAUAUGGAUACUCUGCCAUGACCAAGGCCCGUGUGGCGAAGACACUGUGGGUUGGAAACUUGUACAACUCCCUCAGAGAGGGCUACAUGAAGGCAGCAGAGUUUCUACUCAAAAACCUUCCCCUCGACAACCACAUGGUCACCUCACUCUCGGCUCUGACCCCAUCCCUCAUACAGUGUGACUCCUUAGGUUCAGCAUUCAUGGCAUUAGGGAAGGCCUUGCCUAAUGUGGUUCCACCUGAAGCACUCGGCCCACUGCGGGAGGAGGUUCGUGCAUACCAAAUAGAUGCUGACCUGGUACCUCUGGCCAAUACCUAUGUUGAAGAAAACAGCCGAGUGGAUGUGGACUGGUGGAGUCAGGUGGCACUUCUAAGAAAUUCAGAAAGAGGUGUGAGAUACCCAACCCUGAUCAAACUUGUGAAAGCCCUUCUUUCAAUUUUCACAGGCCCGCUGGUGGAGGGGUCUUUCAACAUAAUGGAUGACAUACUGGAGGCAGACAGGUGCAGGAUGAAUGUGGAAACGUAUGAGAGCCUCGCCAUAAUUAAGUCAACAAUGAAAGCCAGGAAGUGGACGGCCUCAACAAUGUUAAUUGACCAGCCUUUAAGGAAUUCUUGCCUUUCCUCCUAUAAAACAUACCAACUCCACCUAGAGAAAAAGAAGGCAAGAGAACAGGGAAUGAGGGAGAAAAGGAUGAGUGAGGCCAUGAGGGUGAGGUCUACAGCGGUGGCAAACAGAAUAGUGACCCAGGCGAAGAAAUCAAAAGGGCCAUCCUCUUCCUCCACUAGGCCAGCUGCCUCACCUAGACCAACCAGACCUUCACCAAAGACCAUCUCCUCUGCAAAAACAAGACCUUUUCGACCCACUGGGCCCUCCACCACCUCCUCUGGGGCAGCUAAAAAGCCAUCCAGCUCCUCCUCUGGGCCCUCUGCCUCCUCGUCUGGGGCAACUAAUAAGCCUUCCGCCUCCUCAUCUGGGCCCUCUGCCUCCUCAUCUUGGCCCUCUGCCUCCUCAUCUGGGCCCUCUGCCUUCUCAUCUGGGCCCUCUGCUUCCUCAUCUGGGCCCUCUGCCUCCUCCUCUGGGCCAUCCACUGCAUCCUCUGGGCAACCAAAGUUAUUUUCUCUGUUUCAUGGUCCAGCCAAGAAAUCCUCUUCAAUAGCCUCAACUACCUCUGGAAAAAGGAAGAGUUCGGAUGACUCAGAACCCGGAAAAAAGAGGAAAAAAUAG